AGCCAAUCAGAGGCCGUCAAACUCCACAGGAAGGCGUGUCCUUUCCUGUGUUUGUGGCUCCAGAAACCCCCGUGGAGCGGAGGGGCUGGGAGAUUCCAGGCGAACCAGAACCGAGUUGGACUCCUUCACGCCUCCUGGAGCAGUUUAGGGUUUGUGUGAGGAGUACCGGGACCCGAACCGGGUCCGGCUAUCAUUGGUGGGGGGUCUAACGCAGCUGCAUGUGGACCUGCAAUCUGGGUUGAACUUUUUUUUUUUUUGCACAACUUCUUGGGUCUCGCCCGCCAGACUUUGGUAACUUGUGACGAGAAAUGGUCGGCAGGUUGAACUUCCUGAAUGCAUGUGAAGGAGACCCGCUGGUAAUGAGCUGCAGCCGGGCGGAAAGGGGGCUGGAUAGCCCGGACUCCGGGCUGCCGCCGAGCCCCAGCCCGAGCGCCUGGUUGCCGCCUGCGUCUACGGAGAAAGCCCGCGGUUCGAGCCCGGUGUCCGAGGAUGAAGGAAAGGGCUCUCUGACUUCCAUCUCUACACCAGCACUUUUCCCUCAGCUGCUGCCUCUGUCCUUUGGUGAAGGCAUUGCUCUUGAUCCACUGCCCUCAAAGGAACUCAGAUACACGUCAUCCCUGCUCUACGACUCGGACCGCCACUUCAUUCAGAACGUGACCUUCCAGCCGCUGGGUCAGGGUCUGGACUGCUGCCGGCAGACCAUCGUGGCCGUGUCGCACAGCACCUGGCGCCACUACAAGACGCACCUGGAGUUCCAGCCACGCCAGCGGCCCCAGCACUUCAAGACCACCACCAUCAUCUACCCCAAGAAGACCAGCGCCGUCUACACGACCGAGCUGAGCUACGACUCCCACCGAACGUCCAAACGCUUCCUGUCCAGUGUGGAGCUGGAGGCGGUCAGCAGCAGAGAACCGCCGCAGUAAAAGUGGAGUUUUUUGGGGGGGAUUGGAACAGAAGUAGGAGGGCCCCCCACCCACUGUCCCCCUGAGGUUGCACUGAAGCAAGGCUUGUGGCUUGACUUCCUUCCUGUUUUGACUGAAUUCCGAGAGCAGCCGUCCUCUCUACCUUCUGAUGCUCACAUUGAAACACCAUCUUCAUCUGCAGUCGCAACUGAUUUUUAUUCCUUUUUUUGGUAAUGAUGAGAUGAAGAACAGUUGCAUUUUAUUUUUGCUAAAUGCUGGUGUAUUUUAAGAUGGUCCUGCUGUUUUAUCUUAUUAAUGAUUUUGUUACAUCUUAUGAUUAAUUUUUUAUCAGUCUCAUGCUGUGGGCUGUGAACCAGGAUAUUUUUUGGAUAUAUAUAUAUAUUAGAUUUAUAUUUAUGAAAUAAAUAACAAAGUUAUACAUAUUUUGGUCUAAAGUUUUUAAAUCUACUUUUUUCUUUUUAGUCAGGAAUAUGAGUCUCGUUUAAGCUUGCUUAUGUGCCAUGCUUGUUUUUGAGGAGUUUGCUGAAUUAUGGAAUAUUUUAACAAAGGUUUUAAGCUAUUAUUGAUUUUAUAUAAUUCAACAGAGUUGAUGAAAAUGAUAAUAAAGGAAAACGUUUAAAAAGA